AUGCGUCUUCUAUUCGUCGCAAUUGCGUGUUUGCUUGCAGUCGAAUGUAUUCAUGGAUACCGAGGUCCAUUCCGUAAGUUACUACCAAAUCCAAAGCCAUCCGUCGUUACAGUUGAGGAAGAUCCCGGUGAACCUCUGUUCCUCACACCCUAUCUUGAACAAGGCAAAAUCGAAGAAGCAAGACGAUUGAGUUCGGUGGAAUUGCCCCCGUUCAAACAACAAUCAUUUUCUGGUUAUUUAACUGUGAAUAAACAGUACAAUUCCAACAUGUUCUUUUGGUUCUUCCCUGCCCAAAAUGGCAACAAGCCUGAUACACCAGUUAUGCUCUGGCUUCAAGGUGGUCCCGGUGCUUCAUCGUUAUUUGCCCUUUUUACUGAAAUAGGUCCAAUCUACAUCGACGCUAACGAAAACAUUCAGCUACGUGAAAUAACAUGGAACAAAAACUAUCAUCUUCUCUUCAUUGACAACCCAGUUGGUACUGGAUACAGCUUCACAAGUAACGAUCAAGGCUAUGCGCGCUCACAAGAAGACGUUGCACGAGAUCUCUACUCUGCUUUGACACAAUUCUUUCAAAUCUAUACUGACUAUGCCAACAAUCCAUUCUAUGUGACCGGUGAAAGUUAUGGUGGAAAAUAUGUACCUUCCAUCACAUAUAAAAUCCAUGUCGAAAAUCAAAAUCCACAAGCUAAAAUUAAAAUCAAUUUGAAAGGUAUGUCAAUCGGUGACGGUUUAACUGACCCAGUCAAUCAAUAUAUGUACGGUGAUUUUCUUUACCAGAUUGGUCUUAUUGAUUUGACACAAAAAGCUUAUGUUGAUUUACAAACCGCUCUCAUGCGAUAUGCGAUUGAACAACAAAGAUACAUUGAUGCUUUUCACAUAUUUGAUGCCUUACUCAACGGCGAUCUCCUCAAUACAACAUCCUACUUUUACAAUGUGACUGGUAUUAAAAAUUAUUUCAAUUAUCUUUUGACUAACGAACCACAAGAUCAAGGUUAUUUCAUUCCAUUCGUAACACGUGCCGAUCGACGAAAACAAAUCCAUGUUGGUAAUAUGUCAUACGGUGGCCAAAGUGAAAUCGUCGAGCGAAUGCUACUCAAUGAUGUCAUGCAAAGCAUGGCAUGGAAAGUUGCUGCUAUUGCCAACGCGAACUACAGCGUUUUGAUUUACAAUGGUCAAUUAGAUGUUAUCAUUGCAGUGCCACUAACUAUGGAAUGGAUCGGUCAAUUAGUCUGGAGCGGUACAGAUGAACUUCGACAAGCCCCACGCAAAAUAUGGAAAGUAGCUGAUAGUGAUCCGGAAAUUGCUGGUUAUAUUAAAACAGCAAAUAACAAUCGGUUUUUCCUUGCUACCAUUCGCAAUGCUGGUCACAUGGUUCCAUAUGAUCAACCACGAGCUUCGCUCGACUUACUCGAACGAUUCUUGGCUGCUCAACCAAAAUAA